GAAGGGGGAGGCGCCCGAGCGAGACGACUGCUGCCCGAAUUUAACAAUUAACCUUGAUGAGCACAGAUUGGUUUCACUUAACUGGCGCAGGUACGCGGCGCUGAGCGAUUCGGUGUUAAUGAGCAGACACUGACGCAUUUCAUGCCAAACAGAAACUAAAAGGAUAGAGGAAUUUACAGCUGACAUUUUGUUUUCCACGGGACAGGAUGCGUGUUGCAAUAGGAGCCCGUCCGGUACUCAUCCUCUUGCAGAAUCCAGGAGCAUCACUGAAUUGAUUUGGAGACCCAUAUCGGAAUUUGACCGCCGUGUCAUUGCUCAGUCUGCCAGUCCCAGCAGCUGAAAAGCUUCCUCUCAGCGACAGGAGACGAGAGGAAGGGGGGAAAAACUGUCCGCUUCACUACUCUUCAUCUGCGCCCUGGACGGCUUGAAAUGAGGACCACAUCCCGGCUGUGUUCCGUUUGAAGAAGCGAGCGGGGCAGGCGGUUCUUCGGCUCUCAAGGACGCAUAAAAAGUGGCCGCCGGCCAAGCAGCGAGUCAUGGAGCGGGACGACACAGACACCGUGAGCGCGUCCAAAAAGACAAUAAUUUCAAAGAUAUUUAAAGUUCGCAAGAGGAGGGAGAUGCUUUUCGUUCAGGUGUGCUUUAUCUGCAGUGUCCUCUUCGUGGCGUGGAGCAUGUCGGCGCUGUUGACCAAGACAGGCCAUGGAAUGACAGUGAAGGGACAUCCGGUGGUUGAAAACUGGGGAAGACGACUAAUGGCUUCAGUGCCAGACAAUGAAACGGAGCCGAAGAACUGUUCAGAGCCAGCAAUACACGAGUUCCCCGAUGACCUUUUCACCACCCGAGAACGGAAGAGUGGCGCCGUUCUGCUGCACAUUGUGGCGGCACUCUACAUGUUUCUGGCCCUCGCCAUAACAUGCGAUGAAUACUUUGUGACAUCGCUGGAGAAGAUCUGUGAGAAAUUAGAUCUCAGUGAAGAUGUUGCAGGAGCCACCUUCAUGGCAGCUGGCAGUUCUGCACCGGAGCUUUUUGCAUCUGUCAUUGGUGUUUUCAUCACCCACGGUGAUGUGGGGGUGGGGACCAUUGUGGGCUCAGCAGUCUUCAACAUCCUUUGCAUCAUUGGAGUUUGUGGGAUCUUUGCUGGACAGGUGGUGAUAUUGACCUGGUGGGCAGUUUUCAGGGAUUCCUUCUACUACAUCCUGUCUGUUGUGGCUUUGAUUGCAUUCAUUUAUGAUGAGAAGAUCGUUUGGUGGGAAAGUUUGGUGCUGGUGGUCAUGUAUGCUGGAUACAUUCUUGUCAUGAAAUUCAACUCCAGCAUGCAGAAAUUUUUCAUGGGGAAGUCGAAGAACGUGGCCAAUGGUAACGCUGCAGCCAGCAGUGAGAUGGAGGACGUUAAGCCCAGCAAGGCUUACAGCCGCGGAUCGGUGGUGAUGGUGGACGAGAUCAUGAACGCCAGCCCUUCAAAGUUUAGAUUUCCAGAAGCUGGUCUCCGUGUCAUGGUCACCAGCCAUUUUGGACCCAAGACCCGCCUACGAAUGGCCAGUCGCCUCAUCAUUACAGAGCGCCAGAAGUUGGUCCAAGCUGCCAAUGGAGUGGAGACACAAGUGAUUGACGGGAAGAUUGAAAUCGAGAAUGGAAACGUGCCAGAGGACAAGCCCACUGAGGCGGAGGAAAACGACACCAUCUCGCCGUUUCAUAUUCCAAGGGGUAUUGGCAGCAAGGUGAAGUGGCUGAUCUCGUGGCCUCUGCUCCUGUUGCUCUUCCUUACCAUCCCAAACUGUGCCAAGCCCCGCUGGGAGAAAUACUUCAUGCUUUCCUUCAUCCUGUCCACUCUCUGGAUUGCCAUCUUCUCCUACUUCAUGGUCUGGAUGGUGACAAUAAUCGGCUACACUCUGGGAAUCCCUGAUGUCAUCAUGGGUAUCACUUUCCUGGCUGCAGGAACCAGCGUCCCAGACUGCAUAGCCAGUCUCAUUGUGGCCCGGCAAGGUUUGGGAGACAUGGCAGUGUCCAACACUAUUGGCAGUAAUGUGUUUGACAUUCUGGUGGGGCUGGGGGUCCCCUGGGCAUUACAGACCAUGUGUGUCGACUAUGGAUCAGAGGUGAUGAUUAACAGUCGGGGCCUGGUCUACUCGGUGGUGCUUCUGCUGGGCUCUGUGGCCCUCACGGUGCUGGGGAUCCAUCUGAACAAAUGGAGGCUGGACGUGAAGCUGGGAGUGUACGUCCUGGUCUUGUACGCCGUAUUCCUCUGCUUCUCUGUCAUGAUCGAGUACAACGUCUUCACCUUCGUCAACCUGCCCAUGUGCAUGGAGGAGUAGAGCACAGCGGCAUGACUCGGAUACCAAAACCUCAGCGCUCCCAUAGCAUCCCAAAUCUUUAUCCUCUCCUCUCCUUUUCUUUUUUUUUCUUUUUCAGUAAUACUGGACCUAUCUGCAGACUUGUCUCUCUCCUCCCUUGCGCUCUCUCCCUUGUAAUCCUUUUAGCCCCAAAUAUGAAUCCCAUUUCCUCAAGAGGCAGAAUACACUGAAAGAGUGGACUCCAUUCUGUGUCUCAAAUUUGUCCUCUUGUCACACAGUGCCAGUCCUUAAUGCCCAUUAUUUGGGGCACUGCCUGUUAUUGCAGUAAAGUCUUUAUUUCCUCUGUGCGCCUGUUAACUUUCUACCCAUCUAGCAUGCCUUUAGAUGUCGGGGACCUCCAGAAUCAAAAGUGCCCCCUGUUGGUUGUUGGUGUGUGUUUUUCACUGUUUUUGCAUUGUAGAUUUUCCACAAAACAUUUCCAAAGCUUUUCCACAAACCAAACCAGAGUCUGCAAAGAAAAGAAAUCUUAGGACUCCAACCAAACCCAAACACAAAGAUAACUCCCCUUAAAGUAAUUCCUUAAAAAGAAGAAGAAAAAAGCAGAGUUACCACCCUCCUUACCUUCUCUCCUCUUGACCCCAUGGAGGAGGGCUUUGUCCUCGGCAGCUCCCCUCCUCCAGCCUGGACCCGACUCCCCUGGCAUGGCCUUUGGCAUCAGGGAGCAGAUACUGUUAGUGCUUCACUUCACUCACCCUCUGCAACUCUUCACCUGCUUGAUCAAAUUGUUUUCUUUAAAAAAAAAAAAGAGAAAAAGACAUUUUGUCAGGACACUUUGUGUUAAGAUGCGUCACAGUCCGGAUCAGUCGACUGUGAGGGUGUUAUGCUUAUGCAGCACGGCACAAUGUAAACUUGUAAACACUUUUUUUUGUAUUUAUUUUUUCAAAACAAGGUUUUGUCAAGUAUGAAAUAUGGAGGAGAGCUUGUUGCAAAUAUAGGACAUUGCCUGUUUUUCCACUGAAACAAAUUGCACACGCAGAUGCUUUUCUUGCUUUGUGCUGUAAGGAGAUUUGACCACUCAGAGGGGUUUCUGGCUGCUGGUGGUGACUCCACUGCAGUGUUAUUUUCAGUGAUGGGUCAGUUCACUUUACCUUCUGCACAACUUCAAAAACUGGCUCCAGAUCUGUCGGAUUCCUCUGAUAUUUUUUUUUUAUUUCCAUCAUCAUCAUCAGGUGACUUGUUCUCGUCUCGAGACAGCAGCAGAAUGGAAGUAGUUGUUCUAAAUAUUGAAAAAAAAUGCAAAGAAACCAGACGGUUCUCAACACUGACUGUCUGCUAUAACACCCUCUGGCCAGCAGGGGUUACUACAGCCCCUCUACCAAGGACAGGGGUGCCAACCACAGCUGUCGGUUAUCAGGGAAACUCGGAGGAGGACAACUCCUGGAGGUGUCACUGGUGAUGGUCUCUUGAUUUUUGAGUUACAUGUAGAUAUUGCACUUUAACAGCCGUCCUCUCAUUCUGAAUCAACUAGUGCUUCCUUCUGUGGGUGUGUAUUUUCAGUGUAUAUGUGACUGUGUGUGUGUGAGAACAUUGUAUGUGUGUGUGCGUGUGUGUGUGUGUGUGUGUGCGCUCAGUAUGGGCCCACGCUAGGUUUUCUCACACUGGACUCUUGAACAGACUGGGACCUCGUUAACACCAUGAGCACACCUGCCUCUGUUUGCAGUGCAUGCUGGGACAUUAAAACGCAGCUCCUCCACAGCACAGCGAAAGGCUGAGGGCUUCUUGGCAUCUCCAUCGAAAACAGCCCGACCCUCUUUACAAAAAUCGGCAGCUACGAGCCACACUGCAAUCCAGACUUUUUUGACAUCAUGCAAAAAUACCUGCGAGGCGUCCACAGGUGAGGUGCAGAGACUUAAAAACUGAGUGUGGAGAGUGUUUCAGUGUUGAAAAUAAUUCCUCUGCCACGCUGUUGGCGGUGGGCACUUGUAUAUGCAAUCUCAAUUUAAAGAAUUCUAUGUGACAGAAGGCCCCUGCAAGGUUGCCAUAUAAAGACAGGGGAUCCUGUGGAGAUGUGAUGUCGGUUUGUCUCGUAGUACUUGAUGUGUGAGCUCACAGGUGUGUGUGUGUAUGUGACCUGAGCCCAAAGGAUGGACAUUUCUGGAACAGUAGCUUUGAGGGAAUUCUGAUUUGUAUCCCCCCUCCUUUGUACACACACACACACUUUUUUUUUCCUAUCUUAUCCCCUCUUGCACAAGGGCAUUAACUCUCCACCAACCCGAGCUGAGGGAGCAGAAGGGAAUGCAUGGAUGGAUGGGUUUGCUCCUCUGCCCUCGAGACUUUGUCCCUUUUCAGAGGACCCGGAUGAGAGCAGACUUUAAGGAAUUAAAAAAUAAAUAAAUAAAUGGACCCCCUUAAGCUUCUAUUCUAUCGGGGCUCAAAUGGCUGUGUUCGUUGGAUGGAGGUGACCACACAGGGCCUACAGACUCUGAGAUCCAUCAACACCUCCCUUCCUCGUCCUCAAACUGUUCAGUGGGUCUUCUGUACAUACAGGAACCCAACAUUUCUUGAUGCUUUUUGUGAGGAAGGCACAUCUGUACUUAAGUUGAUUCAGAAUGUGCAGUUUUGAGGUUUAUGGGGUUUUUUUUUGUUUGUUUGUUUGUGUGUAUUUCUGUUGUUGCUCUGUGUGGUCAUGUCCCGGUUGCCAGGUUUUGAGUGGUGACACCACAGCAGGGAUUGGGAACAACAAGUCGUGCGUUCUCACCAGUUGUCUGAUUUGCAUCUUUGUUACCAAGUCACUUUUUUUUUUUUUUUUGGAAGAGAAGGAAAAAAAGAAGUUCGGAGUUCAGAUGCCAUACUUGUUGUAGCUCUGCAUAAAUUCAGAUUGUAUGGAAAUCAAUUGUACAAACAAAGCGCACACACUUUAGAAAACACACGUCUGAAACGACGGUUGAACACGAGAACUGUGUGUACUUCUUGAUUGAAUGCGACCUGAUGCACUGUGAGCUCAAUGUGAUGUGGGAGUUGUUUGUCAAGAAUAAUAAAUGAUUAAAAAAUAUAUUUAAUGUAAAGUUAGUUACUAUAAAACAUUAUUGAGGACAUCUGUAUAACUUAUAUGAAUGUAUUGUCUUGCUAUACUGGACAUAUCCAACCAAUGCAUUUUACUGUAAAGCAAUAAUGUCAAGAAAAAAAUAAUAAAAUGGCAAAAUAAUUCCUGUA